CACAAUCAACCUGGCAACCCUGCUGGCGGAGGAAACAGAGAAAACCCCACCCACCCGAGCAUCCUCAGCAUCACCGACACCGGAUUGAGGAAACUGACGCGCCGGUUUUAAAGCGCGCGAGCGUGCUGCGCUCGAGCUUUAUUCGCGUUUCCAGCGCUGAUCCUCCGCCUCGUGCAGCCAUGAAGCCGCAGCAUCUUCAUCAUCUUCCUCACCAUCACCUCCCUCUUCUUCUUCUUCCUCAUCAUCAUCUGUUGCUCUUGGCCGUGCUCGUCGUGCUGGAGCCGCGCGAGCUGGCGGCGUGGGGCGCGAGCGUGAAGUACGCGGUGAACUGCCCGGAGCGGUGCGACCCCGCGCGCUGCGGCGCGCCGCGCUGCGCGCGCACCGUCCUGGACGACUGCGGGUGCUGCCGCGUGUGCGCCGCGCGCCGUGGUGAGCACUGCUACCGCACCGUGUCCGGAGCGCACGGCGUCAAGUGCGGCCCGGGCCUCUACUGCGACUUCUACAAGGACGAGGACGAGUACGGGGACGAGUACGGCGUGUGCAGAGAUUGCAUGUUCGGGACGUACGGAGUCGAGUGUCGCCAAACCUGUAACUGUAAGGCAGGAGGACUGUGUGACAGAGAGACGGGCGUCUGUCUCACCUUCAAAUUCUUCUCCAAAAUGGCCAACGCGCUCAAGACACACGAGGGUAACGAGGUGGCGUCAGGAGACGGGAGCAGCAACAACAACGACCACAACAACAACAACAACAGCAGCAGCAGCAGCAGCAGCAGCAGCAGCAGUGCUGGAGACGGACACGCGGAGCGGUCGUCCACUCCGAAAUGGCUCGCACCUCGCUGACACACUCUCGUCUCAAUCUCAGCUCAGACAGUCCGCAUGUAGCAUAGUAAAUUAAAAACGACAAAGGGAUAUAUUUUAAUAUGUUUAAGAAAAUCUAUUAAUAUUGUAUCAGAGCUUUUCGUUUUUUGUACUCUAUUGUAAUGACAGGAUUUAACCCCUCCUGUUCUGCCACUCAGACAACAUUCACACCACAGCGCUGUCCAAUUCUCGAUUCCGAUUGGUCAGAAGGUGUUGAUUAGUUUCUUAUAACAGCAAACGGUCUAUAUUCAUGCGCUCAUUCAAAUGCGUUUCUAUAGUAACAGCUCAUUGACAGGGACAAAAAAAAACACGCAUAAUUGUUGAUAUGAUGGAGAUUUUCUUACUGAGAAGGACGACGUUCCGUUUAUAGCUGCUACAACGUUAACGUUAAAACUUACUUCCUACACAGACAUUCUGCAACAUUAAAUGUAGCUAUAAACGGAUAAAAAGUACAAUGUCUCAUUCAUUAAUAAAUAAAAAAAUUUGCAAAUUGCUGUGGUAUAAGAGGAAUAAAACACUUCAGGACAUGCUGUUGCAGGAAAAUAAUCAACUUCAGAGUGAUACCAGUAACUUUGCUUCAUCACACCACUCAUGAAGACUAUUAAUAGAAACAGAGCCCCAAAGUUCACUUAUUUUUUCACUCUAAUGCAUAAACAUAUCACUGAACAUCAGCUCUGUCGUGUAUAUGGAUAUAAUUUUGUAAAAGAUUUUUUUAAAAUCAUCGUUUAUAAAAAAAAAAUUGGUACAAAUCUGAAGGAUUCUGAGUCAGACAAAGCAUGAGGGUUAAAUCCUGUCAUUGUGUUAUACCAAAGCGUGCAUACUUACUUACAGACGCAUGGACAUGUAGAAACUGACCACACACACACACACACACAUAUAUAAACAAACUUUAAAAGUAACAUUUACUUAAAGGUAGUUGAUCAGUUAAGACAAGUUUCAUGUCUGGCGUUUGUGUUUUUUUUAGUUUUUCGCUGGAGUCUCGAGGCUGUAUGCUAUGUAGCUAGCAAGUAGCUUAUAUCUACCAGUUCAGCAUUGUGCAAAAUGUUAAAUCAACACACAGUCGCGUUCUUCCAUCAGUUUCAGCAUUUUGAACAGACUUGUGGUUGUUUCUGAUGCACUAUUAUCUGUAAACAUACACAGAAAGACAUGAACCAGGCUACAAACAAUCGUAGCUGGUAGAGUUUAGUGUCAGACUGAGGUAAAGGGGCAUGGCCUAACAGGUAGAACUGUACGUUAGAAGUGAUUCAGAUGAUAAUAAAGUUCUCAUUUGAUUUGUACGUAAUGAAACGCCUUGUCACUACAUUAGCCUCAUGUGGAUCAGCUCCAGCAGAAAUAUAAGACCAUGAAGCUAGCUUGGCUGAUCAACAAUAUUUGUGGUAAAGGAAACAUAUACCUUUAUUUUUUACAAUAUUUAUGUAAUCCAAUAUACUGUAUGUACGUAUAUACUAAAGCAACAUAUUUACAGAUUUACACUUCAGUCUCUGUCUGUGAGUCUUUUUUUUUUUACCUGGAUCAUUACGUUUUACAUUUAUAACAAUCUGAAAAAUGCUAUGUUGUUUUGUGUUUUGUGAGUUUUCCUCUUCUCUAUGUGGCUCCUUUAAAUCCCUGACCUUUCUGUCACAUCCAUGAAUAGCACACCGUAUGUUUCUUGUUCUGUUGCUUUGGGCUUUGGUGCUAAAUUAAACUACAAAAUAAAAAAACUAAACAGAAAGUCUGCUGUUGUGAUGGUCAG